ACUCUCUUCCUGUACUGUGUGCCUCAUCGGGACUUCUAAAGGCUUACGGCCUAGGUCUUUGUAUUCCGUGUCUCUGGCACGCGCCUCUGCACACAGCAGGCCUGAACCAAAACUUGUGAGCAAAUAGGACGUAAGGGGGUGAAGGAGGUGGGCGCGAAACGGGUUCGAGGUCGCGCACUCCGCCGGUUUCUGCCGCCAGCCCAACCCCGCUGGGUCGUACCUAAGAGAUCGCCGGUGUCAGAGCGCAGCGGGCACCUUCACAAGCAUCUUGAGGGACAAGCAGAGUCGCUCCUCCCGCAGGGCGCGGGCUAAGAAGUGAGGAACCCAAGGGGCUCCCGUCCAACUAAGAAGCGAAAUCCCCCACCUCCAGGCCUUCAGGGCUGGUUCUUGGGAAAUCCUAACUCUUUCCCUUCUAACCCCUUCCUUGGCCCUUCUUCCUGCCCGGGAGGAUCAAGGGCGCUGUUUUCCAGAAGCUGCCGGGUCGGAAACGGUGGGGGAACGGGGCGGUACGCGUGGGUGGAGGAUAGGCGGGGAGGGGGCAGUCCACGAACUUUUGUCAUUCAGCCUGGGAGACCACGGUGACAUUCCUGUCUGCGCUGCGGGCAGGCCAGCCUCUCCGGCCCUGGACUAGGGGGCGCCGCCGAGAGAAGCCGCCGCAGGCUGCAGAGUCGCCGACCGCGCUGUUUGCAGGCAGACCCCGGGCUGCCCACCGCGGCCUAGCGCGCGCCGGAUGGCAGGAGAAGUGUCCGCGGCCACGGGCCGCUUUUCGCUGGAGCGGUUGGGCCUCCCGGGCCUGGCCCUCGCCGCGGCCCUGCUGCUCCUGGCCCUCUGCUUGCUCGUCCGGCGCACCAGGAGACCCGGUGAGCCUCCAUUGAUAAAAGGUUGGCUUCCUUAUCUUGGAGUGGUCCUGAACUUACGAAAAGACCCCUUAAGGUUCAUGAAAACACUUCAAAAGCAACAUGGUGACACUUUCACUGUUCUUCUUGGUGGAAAGUACAUAACAUUUAUCCUGGACCCCUUCCAGUACCAGCUAGUGAUAAAAAAUCAUAAACAAUUAAGCUUUCGAGUAUUUUCUAAUAAAUUAUUAGAGAAAGCAUUUAGCAUCAGUCAGUUGCAAAAAAAUCAUGACAUGAAUGAUGAGCUUCACCUCUGCUAUCAAUUUUUGCAAGGCAAAUCUUUGGACAUACUCUUGGAAAGCAUGAUGCAGAAUCUAAAACAAGUGUUUGAACCCCAGCUGUUAAAAACCACAAGUUGGGACAUGGCACAACUGUAUCCAUUCUGCAGCUCAAUAAUAUUUGAGAUCACAUUUACAACUAUAUAUGGAAAAGUUAUUGUUUGUGACAACAACAAAUUUAUUAGUGAGCUAAGAGAUGAUUUUUUAAAAUUUGAUGACAAGUUUGCAUAUUUAGUAUCCAACAUACCCAUUGAGCUUCUAGGAAAUGUCAAGUCUAUUAGAGAGAAAAUUAUAAAAUGCUUCUCAUCAGAAAAGUUAGCCAAGAUGCAAGGAUGGUCAGAAGUUUUUCAAAGCAGGCAAGAUGUCCUGGAGAAAUAUUAUGUGCACGAGGACCUUGAAAUAGGAGCACAUCAUUUAGGCUUUCUCUGGGCCUCUGUGGCAAACACUAUUCCAACUAUGUUCUGGGCAAUGUAUUAUCUUCUGCGGCACCCAGAAGCUAUGGCAGCAGUGCGUGACGAAAUUGACCGUUUGCUGCAGUCAACAGGUCAAAAGAAAGGGUCUGGAUUUCCCAUCCACCUCACCAGAGAACAAUUGGACAGCCUAAUCUGCCUAGAAAGCAGCAUUUUUGAAGCUUUACGACUGUCCUCAUAUUCAACCACCAUUCGUUUUGUUGAGGAGGAUUUGACUCUCAGUUCAGAGACCGGGGACUACUGUGUGCGAAAGGGAGACUUGGUAGCCAUCUUUCCUCCAAUCCUACAUGGUGACCCUGAAAUCUUUGAAGCUCCAGAGCUGGAGUUAAUGAAUAUCAAAGACUGGAAAUUAAUCCACCCUGGUUCAUCCCUUAAUACCACUUCAGAGAUUCACCACCUGCAUGCAAAUUGAAUGCAGUCCUAUUCUGCCUGUGUUUCUCAGGAAGUAAUGUUGCUGCGGUAGUUUUUGUGUGUAAAAUGCCUUUUUUCAAAGGGAAACUUUGCUGCUCUUUUUUAGCAGUUCAUAGCUGGACCACCUCUAAAUCUAGUUGCUAAGAUAGAUGUUUUGCAUCCAGGCUGGAUUACGAUAUUGUUGAAUUUUGAAAAUUAACAAGAAGAGAGCAGAUUCAAAUACAAUUAGAAAAUUUGCAUUUAUUUCAGCAGCAAAGGUGAAUGACUUAAGUGUGGGGGGAGUGUACAUACAGUUUCUGUGUGUUUCAAAAGGAGGGACAUUGUAUGAAUGACAAUAACAAAUAGGUUGUAGAGUAUUAGCAAGUGAAGGAACAUUCUGCAAACAACAGGCUUUAUCUCCACAUUUAUAAGUAUCAAAGAACAAAAUUAUAUUCAAUAAACAGGGCAAAUGAAUAGCCAAUAUCCAAGAUCUGGAAAAUAUUUUUAAUUUUUAUUUUUAUCUACAAUUCUGCAUUUAUUUAAUUUCAACUUACUAUUUUCAUUAUGUGAUUAUUCCACUAGUCAUUAAGCUUACUAUUCAUAUCAUGAUGAUAAAAUCAACAUUAGUGUUAUCAAGAAACAAUAAAUGUUUACCAGAU